AUGGCUCCCUAUGAAGCCUUGUAUGGCCGAAAAUGUAGAUCCCCGGUAUGCUGGACUGAAGUAGGUGAACGACAAAUCUUGGGACCCGAGAUAGUUCAGAAAACGACAGAAAAGAUAAAAAUCAUGCAAGAAAGAAUUAAGGAAGCUCAGAAUCGCCAGAAGUCCUACGCAGAUACAAGAAGAAGGAAAUUAGAGUUUCAAGUAGGCGACAAAGUAUACCUGAAGAUAUCUCCACUAAGGAUGGUGACUAGAAGCAAUAAGAAAAAGGAGAAGUUAAACCCUCGAUAUACAGGGCCAUAUGAUAUAGUGGAAAGAAUUGGACCAGUCGCUUAUCGACUCACUCUACCCUUGGCUCUAUCAAACAUCCAUGACGUGUUUCACGUAUCGCAACUGCGAAAGCAUGAGCCAGAUUCUUCCCAGAUAAUGCCAGCUGAAGCUAUCGAGAUUCAAGAAAAUCUCUCGUAUGUAGAAAAACCGGUCAGUAUUUUGGAUCGCAGGGAUCAAGUCCUAAGGAACAAAUCAAUUCCUCUGGUACAAGUUUUGUGGAGAAACCCCAUAAGCGAAGAAAUAACUUGGGAACAAGAAGAAGAUAUGAAACUCAACUAUCCAUACCUGUUUGAAGACCCUAUAGUUAGUAUGAGUGAGGAAUGA